AUGACGAACGAAGCCGCCGGUGAGCCGUCAGGAACACCACAAAGGCCGAUACGACCGAGGAUCUCACUGGAGAUGACCACCACCCCGCUAACACCACCAGCUCAGACGAUCGGCACGGUUUCUGAGACACCAUCAUCCGGUGGCCCACCACCUUCUCUCACAGCGACUACUCCUUUUGUCACGACCCAGAACCACAUACCAAUACCCACCAUGAACAGCACCACCCCGCCGUUGUUCCCCAACAUCGGUGGAGCCAACCUAUUCACUCCGCCUCCUCUACCAUUGUUUUUUCCUAACACCGGAGGACCAAGUAACGCCGGUUACAGUCUAAUACCGCCACCCAUUCACGCCAAAAACGAGUCACAACAAACAAUACUAGUAACACCACCGUUAACGAUGCAAGCCACUAACAGACUACCCCCACUCAUGCACACAUCUGCAAUCCCGAAGAAUAACUCCGCUAGUGGCCCAGGUGUUGCUUUCCAAGCACAAAGCUACCCAUCAUUAGUGACAGGAGCCAUGCCGACACUGUCAUUCACACCAUACCCGCAACUCCCCAUUACUCACACGUUUUCCACCCCGUUCCAGACAUAA